GAUUUUGGCUGGCUACCUAGAGAACGCAUGCUAGGAUAUCAAAUCAACCUCAAAAUUCUCAUUUUACAAUGUUCUUCCAUUUUAGCCCAUAUUCUUUUUGUAGAUAUUUUCUUUUUGUUUUUUGGAAUGUGUGUCUCGAAAAUCCAUGAGGAUUUAAUGUGUGUUACUUUUCACCUUGCUUCAAUAGUUAUCCCAACUCAACCUAAAUGAUUACAAUGAUACUCUUGCCCUCUUCUUUUUGCUCUUUAUAAUCUCCUCUUAUCCUUUCAUUCUUUUUCAUCCUUAACUUAAUAAGUUGGUCAUUUUUCUCCUUCAUUGAGUUUGAUUUCUCAUUCUUCUCUUGUAUCUUUUAAUUUUCGAGUGUUUUAAAGAAAAUGGGUGAAAUUUCAGCUUGCUCCAAUGGAUUCAGCAAUGGGAAUAAUAAUGAAAAUGGGCACGUAGUUGGUGGUCUAAGAAAGAGUUGUUGGUAUGAAGAAGAGAUUGAUAAUGACUUGAGAUGGUGCUUUGCUCUCAAUAGCAUUUUGCACACUGGUGCUACUCAAUAUCAAGACAUUCAACUCUUGGACACAAAGCCCUUUGGAAAGGCAUUAGUGAUCGACGGGAAGCUUCAAAGUGCAGAGAUAGAUGAAUUCAUAUACCAUGAAUGUCUUGUCCAUCCACCUCUCCUUCAUCAUUCCAAUCCUAGAAGCAUAUUCAUUAUGGGAGGAGGUGAAGGUUCUACUGCCAGAGAAUUAUUAAGGCACAAAACAGUCGACAAAGUUAUAAUGUGUGACAUUGAUGAAGAAGUGGUGGAAUUUUGCAAGUCAUACUUGGAGGUUAACAAAGAAGCUUUCUCUGAUCCUAGACUAGACCUUAUUAUUAAUGAUGCCAGGGCGGAGCUAGAGAGGAGAGAGGAACGUUACGAUAUAAUUGUAGGGGAUUUAGCUGACCCUAUAGAAGGAGGACCAUGUUACCAACUUUACACAAAGUCCUUUUAUGAAUUUAUUGUUAAACCUAGACUUAAUCAAGGUGGCAUUUUUGUCACUCAGGCAGGACCAGCAGGAAUUUUCAGUCAUACAGAAGUCUUUUCCUGCAUUUUCAAUACUCUGAAACAAGUUUUCAAAUAUGUUGUGCCUUAUUCAGCUCAUAUUCCAUCCUAUGCUGACACUUGGGGAUGGGUCAUGGCAUCAGAUAGUCCAUUUGUUACAAGUGUGGAUGAAUUAGACCAAAGAAUCAAGCAGAGGAUCAAGGGGGAAAAUAGAUAUCUUGAUGGGAAAACAUUCACUUCUGCCUCUACAUUGAGCAAAGCUGUUCGAAAAUCAUUGGACAAUGAGACUCAUGUUUAUACAGAAGGGAAUGCAAGAUUUAUUUAUGGACAUGGAAGACACAAUCAAGCAUGAGAUGAUGGAACAAAAAUUGAAAGCAUUAACAACAACCCAAAAAGAUGAAAACUUUACUGUUUUUUUUCCUUUUGUUUUGAUUUUCUUUAUGGUUUUAAUUAAAUCAAAAGUUAUCUAGGAUCUUAUGUUUCUUAUAUGUUCGUUGUUUUUUUGUUGGAAGUGGAGAGGGUGCUAUUUUACUCUAAAGUCUAAAGGAAAGAGGACUUGUGGCUUAUGAAUCUUUUUUGUUGUUUCUGAAUUGGAAUAUUAUGGUUAAAUAUGGAAUACUAUCUUUAAAUUUUGAGUCCA